GUUUUUUGAAGUUAGCGGGCUUCAAAAGAUCCACCAGAAAGAAAAUAAUGGCUAUUCUUUCAUAGUAUUUUUGUGGGAAAAAAGCUUCAAAGUACCUCUAAAUCGCUGGAUAUUAUACUAAAUAUACUUGCCUUGAUGUAUUCAAAGUUUCACACCAGUUAAACAAAGGAUUUUGUCUGGAAUGGUCUUAAAAAGUGGACAAAUUUUUUCACUCCUUGUCAAAAUAUGGUCGGAGACGAAGGGGCAUUCAUUUUAAAACUAUGGACGGAGAUAGCGGUUUAGAUGUGUUAUCAAACGAUGGAAUAUUGGAUAUUAUCCCUCCAAGCGAGUACGACCCGUUUGAGGUAGAGUAAUAUAUUUUUAACUGGAGAAAUAGUAGUUGGCAUAUUUGAUGUUUACUACAAAAAUAUAUGUCCAUAUGUCACGUCAGAUAUAGUUUUAUAAUAAAUCAUUUAUGUACUGUAAAGUUGAUUGUUAAGUCUAUCUGAUAGUAACUUUGUCUGAUGGUAACUAUGAUAGUAUGGCAAUGAUGAAUUUUAUAAUAAUUUUGAGGAGUAAGAAAAAUAAACAGUUUAUAAUUUGUUUUUAAUUUUCAAUUAUUAUAUACAUUAUUUGUUACAUUGCUGCCCAUGUGUCAGGCAAAAAUUUUGAAAGCAAGCCAUUCAAAAUAUUUGCUCGGACUUCGGAGAGUGCAUUUAAAGAGAAUUUAUUCUGAUAAAUAAGUAACAAAUAUCUCAACAGGCAAAACGACAUUUAUUCAAUGUUGAGUCAACGUCGGAAAUGAUCUCCCAGAUGUUGGAUAGACGUUGAAAAAGAAUUGAAAAUGCAAAUUGGAUCAAUGUUACUCUUUUGACGUUGAAACAACAUUGAGAUUAGGUUCCCGAUCUGUCAACCAUAAUUUAACGUUGAAUCCGCGUUGAAACAACAUUGAGAUUACUUCACAAGUUGACAUUGUAUAAUCAACCAUGAAUGAACGUUGAUUUGACGUCUGUUAGCUGCCAUUGAACCAGUGUUUGUAAAACAACAACAUAUUGUUAUUGACAAAUUCGAAACACCUAAAUGGACCUAUUCCUUAUGAACAAAAUUUUGAUCUAGACAGUCUAGACAAAAAUUUCAUCACAGCUUGAAAGAGCAUCACAAAAUUGUUGCGAAAUGUUGUAAAAUGCGGAUAAUAUAGCCUUGCAAAGUUUGCUGUUUUUCAGUCAUUUUGUAUUACGCGCGGGAAAUUGAUACCUUUUUCAGAAAGCAGUAUCAAUUUGUAUCAAUAUUGUAAUACAAAAUGACUGAAAAACGGCAAACUUCGCAGGGCUAUAUUAUCCGCAUUUUACAACAUUUUGCAAUGAAACUUCGGAAUAUUACUAAUUUUGUGAUGCUCUUUCGGCUGUGAUGAAAUUUUUGUCUAAACUUGUCUAGAUCAAAAUUUUGUUCAUUUGGUAAUAGGUCCAUUGUGAAUGAACCUAUUUGCAGCCAUUUGCAGUUGAGCUUGUGGCUUGUAUUUUAAAUGUGCUGUUACAUUGUUUGAAAGUUGCUUGCAAGAGAACAUCCGGUUCGACUGUAAGCGGCACUGUAUUAUUUUACUCUGUCUAACGCCAUGAGAGUUUACUCGUCAAGUGGAGAGUGCUGUCACUCGAUGGGUUAAUGGUAAAUCAAGAUCAAUUUAUAGAAUAAUCUAAUGCCGCUGCAACUUAUAUAAAUGGACUGGCAAAUGAUAAUUUAGAUGGCUGCAGAUUGCUGUGAAAAAUAAAUCUCAGAUAGAGUUUUCAAUCUACAGCUGUCGUCGCUACGUAUACAGGCUGUUCAUGCCUAUAAUGCUACCGACACUGGAACCACACAUUUGAGAUGCCAUUACUAAGAUCAAUAAUAUUUAAUAGAAUCAUGCAAUUUUUUCUGCUCGAAAUAAACUUAUGAAGUGUGAAUUAGUUUGGAUAAUGACUCAUUUUCUUCAAUCUUAUGGCUCAAUCUCUACAAAUAUCUCGACAUCAUUAAAAUUUACUUAUGCGUAAAUAAUUAAUAUGUUAAACCACAAAUGAUUGCAUUUGUCGAGGUUUGAUUUCCCAUUAACAUUGAACAACACUGAUUACUGCUGUUGUCUCAACUGCCUGAAAAAUACACUAAAAACAUUUUGAGCAAAGGCCCUUCAUUAGUACUGGCUAAUAACAACCAUUGAAAUGAAUAUAACUGCAGCGCUACCUCCAACCGGAAAUUUGAAGCCAACUUGAAGGCCAGACCCAGUCUUUUCACGCAUGGGAAGAGCGCUCAAUCAUGAUAUAAUCAUGCGCAUGAUCUUACCUUCAGAUGUGUGUCUGGGCGUAAGAUUUGGCUAAAAGAAAAAGAUAGGCAGUUUUUUUCUGAAGGUAGUGUUCCAGUUAUAUUCAUUUAAAUGGUAACAACUAACCUACCAUACUGAGGAAGAAUAUUUGAGAAUUCCUAAAUAUAACCAAUAAUAACAAAUCGAGGAGGUCCUUCUUCGUUUGGCUACAAAAUUCCCGACGAAAGGCCUCUUCACUAGAAAAACAUCAACUUUCUCCUCAUAUUUUUCAGGUAGCUGCAUCCCUACCAAACAAGGUUUUGAGAAUUCUGCAGUAACAAAAUUAAUGAACAUUGUAUUAAUAAGACAAUUACAAUAUAAAACUAUACAAAUAUCAAUUAAAGUACACACAUAAAAAAAGCACAAGUUGUUACAGGUCUGCAAACAAGUUGUUGCAAAUCUGUUCUCAAGCUGUUGACAAGUUGUGUUCGCACUGCUUGUUCCCAGUUGUUGUAACAAGUUUGAAACAAGCUGUCAACAACUUGUGACAAGCUUGAUGGCAUUAUCAGACUUAUAGCAAAGUUAUUCUAACAAGUCUGAUACAGUCAUGAUAUAACAAGAAUGUUACAAGGUUGACCACACAAGGUUGUAACAGUAUUGUUAUAUCAUGACUGUAUCGGACUUGUUGGAACAACCUUGCAACAAAUCUGAUAAUAUCAACAAGGUUGUUACAAGUUGUUAACAGUUUGUUCCAAACUUUGUUGGCAACUUGAGACAAGCAGUGCAAAGACAACUUGUUCACAACUUGUUGGCAGACUUGCUACAAGAUGUGAGACUUUUGCUUGUGUACAUUUACUGUUUACGAUUUAUGACAUGGGCAGUCACACACUAAUGUCCAAGUGCAUGGCAUGUUUAUAAUUAUCCAAUGUUGUACCAAGCAAGUUCAUGUAAGUGCCUUUAAGGGUUCUUUCAAAGGAGGGGAGCUUGAUGAAAUUGCAUGAGGCUAAUUUUACGGUUCAAAAUAUAUGUGGCUUAUUAUAGCUAGGACACUACCUACAUUGGACCACCAUGUUUGAGAUAGCCUUACUAAACAUUAAUAAUUUCAUAUUUUCAGGCAAAAUUUUGUGCUUCAUUAUUCUGGUUGGUUUUUCAUGCAACUGAAGAUGGUGGACUAGAAGAUGUUCCCAACACGGUCACAAGUCCCAUACAGAGACUUGACAAAGUAUGAAGAAACUCACUUGAAACCUUUGAAGAGAAACUGACAUUGUUUUGCAUACUAAAACAGCAAGGCUUCAAAUAAGUGCCGAUCAAUGAUCGGCAUGAAAUUGUUCGUGAUUGGCGAAAAAGCAGGAUUUUCAAUCAGAAAAGCAGGGAAAGUCACGACUACCAAUCGCCAUGAUCGGGACUGUUAUCUCAAACCCUGGAACAGUAUACUUUAUACUAAAUUCUAGUAAAAAUAGCAUGCAAAACAAUGUCACUUGCUCAGUUGCUCGUCUAAGGUUGACUUUCUCGUCUAAGGUUUGAAGAGCAACAUACCCAAUAUCUUGAUACUUGCUCUGUAUACACAUACCAAAUAUAUUUUAGGUUUUUUCUUAAUUCUUCAUGACCAAAGUUUUAAAGUCAAUCUUAUAUAUUGAAUUCCAUAACAGUUAUGUUAUUUUUGGCAGAUCUAAAUUGGGAAAUUUUUAGUUAAUUUUUUUAGUAUAGCUAUAACACCCUGCCAAACUGGUUAAUUUAUCAGCCUUUGCCCUGGAAUACAUCUCAUAACCUUGAGAGCAUUUUAUUACAAAACCUGCACGUAUAUGAUGUGUUUCUUCACCUAUUUACUCAAACAUUGUUUUCUUAGAAAAAUGGAUUUGUUGUCCAUCCUGAGAUUGUUGAGUUCCUUUGCAAGGGAGAGGUUUAUUGUACUGUAUGUACCAGAAUAUUUCCUGGAAAAGUGAUGCUUGCUGGUCAUUGGUCAGUUAUACAGACUCUGUCUAGAAAUGGUGUAUAUGUUGUGGAUAAUACUGAUGUUGCCGUUACUGAUGCCUCGUUGGAACAGACCAAUCCAUUCAAUCAGGUAUUGGAAAGAUUUAUCUCAAACAUUGGGGUCCCAUAUAGGUGGUAUUCUAUGACACGUUUUGUGCCUGAACUACUAAAAAAUAUUAAAAAGACCUUCACUGCACCUCUAGAGAAAACAGUUUAGAAGUGAUAGAGCGAUCCAGUAUAAACAAAGUUUAUGUUUCCUCCUGUAGUAACACUGGAUUGAUAAGAGAUGAUCCUUACUGGACCUUUAGGAAGAACAGUUUAGAACUGAUAGAGCUAGCCAGUAUAAAUAAAGUUAGUUUAGUUUAGGUUUCCUCCUGUAGUAACACUGGAUCAAUAAGUGAUGAUUCUUACUGGGCCUCUAGGAAGAACAGUUUAGAACUAAUAGAGCUAUCCAGUAUAAAUAAAGUUAGUUUAGUUUAGGUUUUCUCCUGUAGUAACACUGGAUCAAUAAGUGAUGAUUCUUACUGGACCUCUAGGAAGAACAGUUUAGAACUGACAGAGCUAUCCACUAUAAACACAGUUUAGUUUUUCUCCUGUGGGAACACUGGAACAAUAAGAGAUGAUCCGUAAUGAAUCUAUAGGGAGAGGAGUUUAGAACUGGUAGAGAUAUAAAUAAGGAAUUGGUGUACUUUUAUUUUAUAUUUUAUCUGUCACACUAGGAUGCACAUAUCGCUCUGAUGGAUGCAUUGAUGACUGCGUAUUCUUCUCAAGUUGUCAGCAUACAGAGUGUUGUAAAAGCUGUCAGGUAUUUUUUGCACUGUCGUACAAUAAAUUUUUUAAAUGCUUUAAGUUAAGUUCUACAGAAAUGAUGUACAAGAAAAUUAAACUUUAUUUAUCAACUAUCAAACCCAUUAAAGCGCAAGACUCUUCCCUUGACGAGUAAAAUCAUCUGUUCUUAGACAGUGUUAUAAUAAAUUCGGGGAAAUGGUUAAAAUGAAACUACAUGACAACUGCAGCAAUAGAGAAUUUUAAUUAUUUUUUAGACGAUUUUCCACGUUCAGUGCAUCGCGCGAACUACCCUUCGACCUUGAAGAUGCUUUGCUACUUUGGGUGAACAAGACUAACGUCGCUGUGAAUGCUAAAUAUACCCAGCCUACACGAAGUAGCGCAGGAAAACUACUGCGUAACCGCGGGCAAGUGAAGAAAGCGGGUUUGCGUUCAGAGGAGGGGACAGCAACAGUUGUGUUCCCUGUUAUUGAUGAUUUACUGAAAGGAUUGUGUGAUGGUAGAUCAUUGCUUGGUGUUUUGAUGUUUUAUGAACCUAGUGUCAUUAAUAUUGAAGGUAUGGUUAAGUAAUUUGUAUAGUGUUGCAUGAUGUUGGUCUGCUACUGUUUUGGUGUUUGGUAUGGUAUGGUAUGGUAUGGUAUGGUAUGGUAUGGUAUGGUAUGGUAUGGUGUGAUGUAGUGUGGUAUGUAAUGGUUUGGUAUAUAUGGUGUGGUAUAUAUGGUAGACCAUACCGGUCUGAUAUGAUAUAGUAUGGUAUGAUAUAUGAUGUGAAUAUGUGAUGUGGUGCUAUAUGUGGCUUGGUAUAAUUCGGUGUGGUAUGAUAUGACGUGGUGUUCUAUGAUGUGGUUUAGUGGUGUUGUAUAGUCUAGUACAUUUUGGUAGAGUGGUCUAUAAUAUGGACCUAUGGCUAUGGUAGGGUAUUGUAUGGUAUCGUGUGGUAUGAUCUGAUGCUAUGUGUGGCUUGGUAUAAUUUGGUGUGGUAUGAUAUGACGUGUUGUGGUGUUCUAUGAUGUCGUUUAGUGGUGGCUGUAUAUAUAGUCUAGUACAUUUUGGUAUAGUGGUGUAAUAAGGUAGGGUAUUGCAUGGUGUGGUAUGAAGGGAUCAUAAUACAUGUUCAAUAUUUCUCCUACAGAUAUCUGCUGUUCGUCAGAACUCUCAACAGAAGAUUCGACGCGCAAUCUUGACGUCUUCCUAGGCCUUUGUAGUCAGUACUUUUGUACUUCAGUCUUGGCGUUGAAAAUUGAAGACAUUCUCUAUGCUUCUCCUUCACUCAAGAUCAACAUCGUUGCAUUGUUGGCAGAAAUGUUUUCGAAAUGUGAGGGAAAUGUAAAAUCUGGCCAAGAGAUUAAAACGGAGAUAUCAAGGAGUAAGACAUCGUGUUCACAGAAUGGUGAUGUGAUGGUUAAUGGUCAUGACGGUGUUGGUGGUGGUAGGAGUCACAGUGCACCAAUGUCCAGGUAAAUACCAUUACACACACUGGGGUGGACCACGUGUUCAUCUGGUCCCAGAAAAUUUUCGAUUUUAGGUAAAUUCUGUGUUUUGAAGGAAAUCGAUACCGCUUCCUGAAAAAAGGUAUCAAUUUUCUGCGUGUAAUACAAAAUGACUGAAAAACGGCAAACUUCGCAAGGCUAUAUUAUCCGCAUUUUACAACAUUUCGCAACGAAACUUCGGACUGUUGCUAAUUUUGUGAUGCUCGUUCAAGCUGUGAUGAAUUUUUUGUCUAGACUUGUCUAGAUCAAAAUUUUGUUCAUUAGGUAAUAGGUCCAAUUGCAUGUCAAAUUAUGUUCAAUCAUCAUUCAACAUAAAGCAAUUUCCUCCAAAAAGGUAAUGAGGUCAACAAUGCUUGGAGGGAAAGGCUGAACGAAUUUUACUACAACCUAAACAACGUAUAGUGUAAAUACGUUUUUAAUUUAUUCUCUAGGAAUCCGAACAGUUUUGACAAGUCGUCUGUCAACAACAGCAGGCCAGAUUCAGGGAAUAUCCCGACAUCCAACAGCCUGAAGCAUCAGGAACGAAACAUUGCUUUAAAAAUUCAAAAUUACAUUGAGAACGAGUCCGUGGAUCUUGGCAUCGCAUCAAAUAUGACACUAUCUAACAAGAAUUCAUCAAGUAUGACGUCAGGGAAUAUUACCUCAAAUAUGACGUCAUCAAACAUUACGUCAUCAAGUAUGACGUCAUCAAAUAUGACGUCAUCGAAUAUGACGUCAUCGAAUAUGACAUCAUCAAAUGUGACGUCAUCAGAUGAGGUCGAGACGCCUGACGACAAGGAUACGGUGGAGGUACAUGGUGUGGUGGUGAAGCUAAGGAAGAAAGUACCACGAAGUGUUGAACCUGGUGGUGGUCACGAGGCGUUGCUGUCGAGGCGCAUGAAGAAAAGUUUGUGUGGCUGGAGUCAGGAGGAUAUCUCAGGUCAGUUUCUUCAGAGCCAACUUCUUUCUAUGUCGCGUAUUUACGUUAAGAAAUGCAUUCAAAACCGAAAAGCUUUCUUUUUAAAGUUUGUUCGUUCACUGCAACCAGGUAUAUCAAUCAUGUUUUCGCUCGCUACUCUGGUUUAAAUAAAUGAUUACAAAGCCCAGUCGAAUUGUAAUCAAGACCCAACGUUUCGACACUCCAGUCUACUAGUCUAGUGUCUUCAUCAUGGGUGAUCUAAAGUUGCAAUCGUGGCUUCUUAAAUAGGGACCUUAAACAACGCGACGACGACAGCCAAAACAAACUUCUUCAAAUAAAAUAUUGCGAAAAAGAGUUGUUUAAUAUGUAUUAUCCAGACCACUGCAUGUAGAUAUGAAUUGAGUUUAGUUUGAGCAAAUUUGUUGUUUCAUUUGUCGCGUCUUGACAUGUUUGCGUUGUACACGAGACGUGAAAAUCUCUGGUAUGCUGUUGUUAAAAGCCCUAACACAACGUCUCUAACUCCCGUGGGGCUUUUAACUAUUCAUUUCUUUUGUACGAGAUCAGCAAUAUCAUUGUAUGAAUAGCCGUCGUCCUGUUUGCUUAAGGUCCCUAAUACCCAAAGGAUGACGUCACCUGCCAAUGAGAUGCAUGUAUUCCUCUAGCAAAUAGGCACCGUCAUCCCUAUUCAAAGCAUGAUGACUCAUGUUUAUAUGCCACGCUUCUAAGCAAAGUCUUUGACCAUAGCGAUUGUUUGUGGUAGUUACUUUAGAGUUUUCCCACGCAAUCUCGUGUUUGGUGUAACAUACAUGUUCUGCUAAGGCUGAUUUUCCCUUGUUUAAAGUUGUAACAGCCUUUUGAUGUUCCUUUAGCCGUGUACCAAACUGGCGUGUAGACUGACCCAAAUACUCUUUCUCGCAGUCACGGCAUGGUAUAGAAUAUACAGCAUGAGUUUUCUGAUUUGUUUUAACAGGAUCUUUUGGCUUUACGAAAAUAUGGCCUAAAGUCAAAUAGGGUUUUAAGGCAACGUUUGGUUUUAUUGCAUAACCCUUAGCAGAGGUAUCACCCUAGGAGUUAUUUUGGUUCCUACAAACAGGUGAUCUUAAGCAAUCGUUGAGAAAACGUUUUGGGUCAUCGUUUUUCCCUAAAACAUUUAGUACAUAUUCACGUUCAUUAUCUUGAGAAUCACCGUUUCAGUGACGGCAAGGAUUCAGCUCUUUGAAGCAAAAUUUUUGCUACGGAUCAUUUAUGGCUUACUGGGUGAUGAGAGUCGUAUGGCAAAUAUUUGUCUCUGUGUGUGGGACAUUAACUUAUUUUUGAAUACAUCCGCCGUUUGAGAGGACAUUUAGCUUAUUUUUAAAUACAUCCGCCAUUUGAGAAACAUUAAAAAAUAUAGUAAAUAUUUAAAUUAAAAUAAUAAUAAUCUUUAUUUACAGGAAACUCUUUCACUUGAUGUGAUUUUCAGAGAGGUCUUGCGGACAGUAUGAUUAUUUAACCCAUUGAGUUGCGUUCCGUCCCAAUGCACCCUACUUUAUUAUUUUACUCUGUCUAACGCCAGACGAUUUACUCGUCAAGGGGAGAGCGGUAGUUCAGUGGGUUAAAUACUUGACUUUCACAGACCUUGCCAUUGUAGCUAGUUCGCUUGGAUAGUUCGUUUCGUGUUUACAAUCAUACGAAUGAUGCGUCGCGACAGGUGUUCUGAUUUUUGUAUAAAUCUGAACAUCAUUUCUUAUUUCAGACGCAACAUCUCCGACAAGUGACAAUGAAGAACAGUUUGAUGCAAAAUCCGAUGAAAUACCAGCCGUGAUAUCUCAACACCCAACCCAUCAACCUUCUUUCCCUGCAUCAGACCAUCCUGACCUGGCCCUGCCUGAUGAACCUCACCAUAACCUAGACCUAGACCUUCACUCCUUACCAGAGGACGAACCCCCUAUUGAUAUGCUCUCCCCCAUAUCAGAAACCACAGAACCGGGGGGUUCCCCGGGGAACUCUCUCAACAACUCAAUGUCAUCAACACUUGACCAGCAAGAGUUUCUUCGUCAAGAACGUAAAAAUUCAGAAGGGGGUAGAGACAUUAAUUUGACCCCACCCAAAGCCCAAACACCACGAAAAUCAAAUAGCCAACCGUGUGUGAAAGAUAAUUCGAUUCCCCGAGGGAGUUAUAUAAUAUCUGAUGCCAACCACACCCCCGAGACCGCAUUCGCUGCUGGAAUUCCUGUGGUUGAACGUGAAUCGGUGAAUUCCCGUGGGAGUACCUCUACAUCACAGUCCAGUGAUCUGGAACAAGGUGGCACCCACGAGCAAUCAAACUAUACUGACCAGCGGUUUAAAUCCGGGGGGAGUGAAAACUCCUUGAGAGAUAACGUCCGCGAUGAGUCAGACAUUACUGAUCAGCGGCAACCAGCGGUAAAUCAUUGGUCUGAACGACGAAAUGACAACCGUUACUCAACUUUUACGAAAAGUAAAAAUCAUAAUGGAAGUGAUUCGAAGGACAUUAAAUUUCCUAAGUUGGCAGACAAAUCUGGAGAAAUUUCUAAAGGGAAUGGACUUAGAACCUUUGCAGAUAUAGAGGAUAAGACGAGAAAUGAAGGGCCAACCAUAACUUGGUUUGGUCAGGCAAGAAACGAGGAGAGAUCGGUGGGUGAUGGGCGGUAUUUGGAGUCCGGAGGAAAAAAAACCAACUGGGGAGAAAUGGCCUCUGAAGUGAAUGAGAGUUCAGAUGUGAUGAAAAAAGGUAACAUGAUUUUAUUUCCUUAUAAGUGAAGAUCAAGGCUUGUGGAACGAAAGCUCUAAAAAAAUAAUCAACAUCCUUUCCAGAACUUUUUAUGCGCUGAAAAUUAUAUAAAUGAG